GCACAGGAGCCUCAAAGGUACCUUCCGGUGAACGGCCGGGAAUGCCGCGUCAUUACCCCGGCCAGGUUGCAUGAGAUCGCCAUUGCGUAGCACGGCGUGCGAUUACUCUUCUCCACUGCGCCUCUUGCCACCACCACCCUCUCAACACAUCACCACCUCGUCUUUUCAAACUCGGCAGCGAUGGCGUCGGUUGCCGAUUACAACAAAGAUACCCCUCCUACCCUGAUGACCUCGCUUCCCACGGACGCGGCGAGCGCGAGCGCGCUCGUGGACGACGGCGCGGCCGCAAAGUUGACAGAGAUACUGCGGUCGGAGAUCGGUGUCGCUGCACUCCUUACGCGUUUGAAGCAGUCGAUUUCGUCGAGCAGGGACUUUGCGGUUUUCUUGAAGAAGCGGGCGAUGCUGGAGGACGACCAGGCGCAAGGUAUCCGAAAGCUAUGCAAAGCCACCAUCGAGUCGCUGCGCAGACCGGACUGCCGGCAGGAAUCGUACGGACAUCAGUUCGAGGGGAUAACGCGCUUGCACGAUCGGCUGGCGGAGAAUGGUCUCGACUUUGCGCUGGCUCUACACCAGAUUCACGAUGAGAUGCUCGAGUUGGCAAACAACAUGGAGCGCAACCGCAAGCAUUGGAAGCAGACUGGGACUACAGCUGAGAAGAAGGCGCAUGAUGCAGAGCAGGCCGCGGAGAAGGCGAAAGCGAAAUACAUCAGCUGUGCAGAAGAAUACGACCGCGUCAAGACCGGGGCGCGACCUACCAAGUCGUUCGGCUUCAAGGCAUCCAGAUCCGGGUCGCAGCACGAGGAGGAGCUUCACCGACGCGUCCUGGCUGCUUCUGCCGACUACGAGAGCAAGGUGCAGAUCGCGAAUGCCAACCGACAAGAGUUGGUUGCAGCCCUCCGUCCGCAGGCUGUUGGUGCUCUGCGAGAGCUGGUCCGGGAGUGCGAUGCCGGCUUGACGGUACAUCUUCAGAAAUACGCCGAACUCAACGAGAAACUCAUUCUCAGGAAUGCUCUGACGAUAAACCCUCCGGGCGAGCCAGAACAAACGCGCACGCUCCGAGAUAUGGUGGGCUUCAUCGACAAUGACAACGACUUCAAGUUCUUCUUGUUUGAGUUCUCGUCGAAGACGCCACUACCUCUAAAGGAACCAGAGCUCAAGUUCGAGCCUCACCCGAGUCUCGUUGCAACACAACCAUUCCAUCAGCAACAACAGCAGCAACAUCCACAGUAUCUACAGCAGCAACAUCAGCAGCAACAACAUCAGCAACAGCAACACCAGCAGCAGCAACACCAGCAGCAGCAACACCAGGAACAGCAACAUCAACAGCAGCAGCAUAUGCCGCAGCAGCAGCAGUAUCAACAGCAGCAACAUCAGCAGCAGCAGCACUUCCAGCAACAGCAACUUCCGCAGCAACUUCCGCAGCAACCUCUGCAGCAACCGCAACCCCAUCAGCAAUACGGCAUCCCGCAGAAUACCCCCCCGCAAGGCGUACUGGGUGGCAUACAGGGCGGCAUACAGGGUGGCAUACGCAACCUCCUUGGGAAUGGCAACGGCAACCGUGGCAGCCCCGUCCAACUCAAUUCACCAGCAGGAAUGGCCCCGCAAGAUCCCCAGAGCGCUAUGGUUCCAAAUGGCGGGGGGUUUGGAGCAGUCAUUCAACAGCCGGUCACCUUGCCCAUCGCUCAGCCCGUCCACCCCGGACAGGUACCAAUGCUGCGCUCGGAUUCGCAGCAAACCGCGGUGCACCCUACAUCUCUGAACCCGAUCUUCGGAGUAUCCCUAGACGAUCUGUUUGCACGCGAUGAUCUCCUGAUUCCCAAGGUGAUCGAAGAGUGCAUACAGGCAGUGGAACUCUAUGGGCUCGACGUCGAGGGCAUCUACCGUCUCUCGGGCGAUAAGAAGCAUGUCGACCAGAUCAAGAUCAUGUUUGACAAUGACCAGAACCUGGACUUCCGCCGUCCCGAAGAUUUCUUCCACGACGUCAACAGCGUCGCGAGUGUGUUGAAGCAGUUCCUGAUGGAGCUUCCGGACCCAGUCAUCACGAACGAACUCUACGCGCAAUUCAUCGGCGCAUCCAAAAUCGACGAUCCCGUCAGCCGCCGCGAUGCGUUGCACGGAUUGAUAAACCAGCUGCCGGACCCUAACUACGCCAUUCUUCGUCGUCUCAUUCUGCACCUCCACGCCGUCCAGCAGCAUGCAAACACGAACCGGAUGAACACCGGGAACCUAGCCAUUUGCUUUGGGCCGACGUUGAUGUGCAACACGAACGCGAACAUGGCCGACACCGGCUGGCAGGUGCGCGCGAUCGAUACCGUGUUGCAGAAUUGCUUUUCUAUCUUUGACAAUGAGUGAACUGGGUAUCGAGGUGGUGGUGGGGGUGGCAACUGUGGCGAUUUUGGCGAGGGUGGCGUUGGGAACGUACGAGUUGGGAAUGUAUCGAUUGGACUGUUGUAGUGUACAGAACAUGUUUUACCAAAGAAAUUGAAUGCGCUUUGGAGCCCGCCAAACCACGGUAUUCUUCAGAUAUUAUGUUCUCCUCCGCAACCGGUGUAAUCACGUGCGCGAAGAAGGUGAACAGCUUCCCUUGGUACGGUAUUCUACCA